UCACCACGGCGGGGAUGUGGAAUCUGUCAGAGGACAAAAGGAGGCAGAGUGACAGGGAGAAGCUGUCUGCUUCACCGAGAAAAAAACACACGGAGUAUUAUCAGCUGUGAGCACAGUGUCCGAGUCCUGAUGUCUUCAGGAGGAGCUGGUUCUGUCACCAGGUUCGACCGGGUGCGGGAGAUCCCACACUAUGACCAGGUCCCUGAGGACCUCUUUUGGCAGGACCAGGAUUUCCCCCCUCCCCCGGCUCCCUUGCAUGGGGCUGUCAGCUUAGAUCCCCUUCCCCCUCCCCCUCUGCCCGAACAGCCAGCUGUUGGGCUUGACUCCCUCUACCCCCCCAGUGAUGAUGUCCCAGCGACGGACAACUAUGAUGACAUGGACAUUAAGCCAGUCCACCGCUUCAUCCCCGACUCUGUCAAGAACUUCUUCCGUGGCAAUAGUGGUAACCGUGGCAGCAAGGGUUCUACCAUCCCACCACCUCUACCAGCCCCUCACUCGCCCGCCCCCUCAUCCAGGAAGAGCACCAAUGGCCACACCACGAAAGGGAUCCCCUGCUCACCCCCUCACUCCGCCCCUCCAUCUCCAUCCCUUCCUGGCUCCUACUGGGACCGCUAUACUCACAAGGAGCAAGAUGGGCUGCUGCUGGGUGCUGAAGCCCUCAACUCUGUAUCUGCAGUGCCCACCAAUCUCUCUGCCCAGACCUAUCAGGAGCGGGUGGAGGAGUAUCACCUGCGCUAUGCCUACAUGAAGUCCUGGGCUGGCCUGCUGAGGAUCCUGGGCUGCGUGGAGCUGCUUCUUGGAGCGGCUGUGUUUGCCUGCGUCUGUGCUUAUAUUCAUAAGGACAACGAGUGGUUCAAUAUGUAUGGAUACUCUGGGCCACAGCUGUUUGGGGGCCUCGGUGGGGGCGCAUAUGGGGGCAGUUACUACACAGGCCCCAAGACUCCUUUUGUCCUGGUGGUGGCCGGCCUUGCGUGGAUAGUGACUGUUAUUCUGUUAGUUCUUGGGAUGACCUUGUACUACAGAGCCAUCCUUCUAGACUCUUCUUGGUGGCCACUUACAGAGUGUUCCAUCAACCUGGUCUUGGCAGUGCUCUACAUAGCAGCAGGGGUGGUGUAUGUGAGGGACACCACCCGAGGGGGAAUGUGCAACAUGCCGGUCUUCAGCAAUGGAGUCAACGGGGCGUUCUGUCGCACUGAGGCUGGCCAGACAGCAGCCAUUGUCUUCAUCUUCAUCACCAUGGUGCUCUACUUCAUUGGUGCAGGAGUGUGUCUGAAGCUGUGGAGGCAUGAAGCAGCCAGGAUGAGGAAGGAGGGGCUGGCACUGGAGAUGAAAACUAAUGGAUCAUCAGUCCCUCUGUCUAUACUGGGUCCAGGAUCUAGGGCCUCAGAGCAGACUCCUCUCCCAACCUUCCACGCAGACAGCAUGGAUGCCCCGAGCAAGUCUGCAGCUGCUCCUCUGAUGAUGCUGGAGCCAGAGAUCCUCCACGGUCACAUACCAGCUGGACACAUCCCCAAACCUGUCGUUAUAGCCGACUAUGUGGCGAAAUACCCCAGCAUUCACUCAGAGGAGGAGAGGGACCAGUACAGGGCUGUGUUCAAUGACCAAUACGCUGAAUACAAGGAGCUGCAUGCUGAGGUUCAGGCAAUGGCCGCAAAGUUUGAAGAGAUGGAUGAGAUGAUUCAGAACCUUUCCUCCCGGCCUUCCAGCCAAAUGGAGAAGGAGCGGAUCAGUAACAUUUUAAUGGAAUAUCAGAGGAAGAAGACUGACCCAACAUACUUGGAAAAAAGGGAGAGAUGUGAGUACCUGAAGAAUAAGCUCUCUCAUAUCAAACAGAAGAUUCAGGAGUACAACAAGGUUUCGGACCGGACGGACAACAACUGAACACUGCAGCUAAACAAUGCCAUUAACACACCUGGAGUCCACAUGCAGUCUGCAACUGUAUAAGAAGUCAUGCUCUUUUGCACAGACAACAGAAUAGUAGGACUGAGGUGAAAACGGACCUGAACUGAGCAAAGAAUAUGUCCCUACCAGGCAAAAACAGCUGCCCUGAUUGUUGGUAAACCUCUAAUAGAUAGGCAAUUAUCACAUUCAAAUCACUGCUGUUAGUAAUGUCAUUGUGACGAACAGAAAAAUUAUUGUUGCAGGUAGAAACAUCGUCAGUGGGUAGAGGUUUCCUUAUAGAGAUCACUGAAAUGGGUCAGGUGUUACCUAAAGAAAUGAUUAUUUUAUGGUGUUAGAUGGGCAGACAGCGUAACCUGGUGCAGAUUGCAUUUUAAAGGAACACUUAGGCAAUUAUGUUGUUUUUACAUUUUACCUUGAGAUAAGAGGAUAAAUAUCAGUUCCAUCACUCUCCCCCCCUGUCUGGUAUGUGUUUAGCCAGCUCAGACUAGCUCCAUCAAAACCGGCCAAAGCCCCUCUAUGGGCUCCUCCUAUGUGGAGGCUGAUGUAAAUAAGUCUGACUCAAUGUUAAUGAAGGCUGUAUGAUUAGAGUGACAGCUGCAACAGACAGAGGUGUCAGUAGAAGACUGCUGUAGCUUAGUUUACCUGUUUAUUUUUGAUGAGAGACAAUAUACCUCUCUGUGCUGUACAGUGUGUUACACAGUGGCGGUUUAGCUGCUUCCCAUGAUGCUUUCUGCGUAUUGUUACUAGUUUUUACAUUGAAUUUCUUCUGUCCAGUAGCUUUCUCCUGAAAUGUGAGACACGAUGUGAACACUUACUAAAAGCUUUCCACAGUAGGAUGUGUGAACUGUCUGUCACCAUGUUACUGAAUCAUGAAGUGGAAUAUAGAAGCUUGGUGUUUUUUUGUUGUUGUUUUUUUUUUUAUUAGUUCUGGUCACUCCAUUUGUAAACUCUUAUUUGUACAUUGAUAUGUUUGAUGUGUGUAUGUCAUUGUUUUGUGUCGUAUUAGAUAUGUCCCAAUUAAGCACCUUUUUUUAAAAAUAUGUUUUUAAACUUG